AUGGCAACAUCAAAUAUCCUUUGGCAAAAUCAUGAAUAGUUUUUGAAAAAUAUGGAAGUCUAACUCGAAAAAACAGAUGCAAUAAAAGAAGCUUUAUAAUAAUAUAAAUACUUAACAUAAGUCCAAUAUGCUAACUCCUUAGAAAAUGUACUAUUGCACAUAAAAAAUGAAGUAGAGAAAUUAUUUGCAAGAAAAAUCUAACACUAUGACUUUGAAGAAGUAAAAUAAAAUCCUGAUAUAGAUUCAGAAGAUCCCGAAGAUACAAACUUAAUGACAAGCAAUUUAACUAUAGAAUAAAAAUAAAGAGAAAUCUAAAUAAAAAACGUUCUAAAAAUAAUAUACGAGAUCUAUAAAAUGAUAAUUGAGACAGUAAAAGUACACAAAAAACUCGAAGAAGUUCACAUCAUUACAAUUUAAAAAAUGCUUGAAUUUUGUGACAAAUACUCUCGCAAAACUGAACUUAAACGCUUUUUAGAACACUAGCAUUUCUUCUUGACUUAAUUAUAAUAAAGAGAUAUUGACUUUAAUAAAAACCCUAAUCAUAUAAGUCUUUAUAAUAGUGAAACUAGAGAUUAUUUAAUCCAAAUAAGACUUGAUUGUACAAGAUCUGCUUUAAAAUAAAGUUUAUAUUCGUACGCUUUCAGAUAAUUAGAAGACAUAAGUAUUUUAAUAAACUUAAAAAAAGUCCAAACCCCUAUUAAACAUAAAAUAAUGUCAGCUUAUUAUUAUUAUCUGAGUGAAGUUUUCUGGCAUUCAAAGUACUUUGGAUAUCACAGCUUUUUCUUUUUGCAUCACAUAUUGAUUUUUAGAACUAACCCAUAAGCCAGUGCUGAGGAAAUAAAAGAAAAAAUCAACUAAUUAAUUCUAGGAGUACUUUCCAUUCCCUAAUAUCCUAUUGAAGAUUUUUAAAGUGAAGAAUCAAAGGCCAAAAUAGCAUCUUUACAAAGAAACAAUAAUAAAUUAAUUCCCAAAAAAGAAGAAAUAAUCAGUCUUGUUUAAAGAAUGAACUUAAAUGAAGUAGCUCUUGAAGAAAUAAAAACCGAUAUUUAAUUCAUUGAAAGAAAAUCCUAAACUAUCAAUGUAUAUACCUUAUAUUGA